AUAUAGUGAAUGCGGGGUCCGGGGAGAGCGGAUAUAGUGAAUGUGGGGUCCGGGAAGAGCGGAUAUAGUGAAUGCAGGGUCUGUGGAGAGCAGAUAUAGUGAAUGCGGGGUCCAGGGAGAGCGGAUAUAGUGAAUGUGGGGUCCGGGGAGAGCGGAUAUAUAGUGAAUGCAGGGUCUGUGGAGAGCAGAUAUAGUGAAUGCAGGGUCCAAGGAGAGCGAAUACAGUGAAUGCGGGGUCCUGGGGGUUUAUAUGGUGGCUGAUGCGGAUUCCGGGCAG